AUGCCCGAGCUCAAGAGAGGUGAAUUCGUCGGGUCGCUCGACUGCGGCACAACCUCUACCCGCUUCAUCGUCUUCGACAAGCACGCGGAAAUCGUCGCCCAACAUCAGAUCGAGUUCCCGCAAUACUACCCCGAGCCAGGCUGGCACGAGCACGACGCAACCGAGAUCCAGGAGAGCUGCGACGCCUGUAUCAGCGAGGCCUGCAAGCGCCUGGAGGAGGGCGGUUGGAGCAAGGACAGCAUCAGGGUCAUUGGUAUCACCAACCAGCGCGAGACCACCGUCGUAUGGAGCCGCAAGACGGGUAAGCCCCUUUGCAGGGCGAUCGUCUGGGACGAUGCGCGCACGAAGAACCAGGUUGUGCACUAUGAGCAGCAGCUGAAAAACCACGGCAUCAAACUCGAAUCUGGCGUUAAGAAGGGCGAUGAGGGUGUCAAGGCGCUCCGAGAAUUAACUGGUCUCCCGCUCUCCACAUACUUCUCCGCGAUCAAGCUGCGAUGGAUGUACGAGCAUCACGAGGCCGUGAAGAAGGCGUACGAGGAGGACGACCUCCUCUUUGGUACCGUCGAAUCCUGGCUUGCAUACAACCUCCUCGGCGGCGUCGAGAAAGGCAUCCACAUCACCGAAGUGACCAACGCCUCGCGCACGCUCUUCAUGGACAUCCGCACGCUGCAGUGGUCGCAGCAACUCCUCGACUUCUUCGGCUUCCCGAAGAAGUCGAUGCUGCCGCGCAUCGUGAGCUCGUCCGAGGUCGUCGGCGACAUCGCGUACGGGCCGCUCAAGGGCGUCCCUCUCGGCGGGCUGGUCGGCGACCAGCAGGGCGCGCUGGUGGGCAACAAGUGCUUGAAGCAGGGCGAGGCGAAGUGUACGUAUGGCACGGGUGCUUUCUUGCUGUUCUGCACUGGCGAGAAUAUUGUGGAGAGUGAGCAUGGGCUGUUGAGCACUGUCGCAUACCAAGCGGGACCCGACGCCAAGCCUGCAUAUGCUUUGGAAGGCAGUAUCGCCGUCGCUGGAAGUGCAGUGAAAUGGCUACGAGACUCAAUGUACAUGAUCUCCUCCGCUGCGGAGGUCAACACACUAGCCUCACAGGUCCCCAACACCGGUGGCGUCUACUUUGUCACCGCCUUCUCGGGAUUGCUCGCGCCCUACUGGGACCCAGGCGCGACCGGGCUGCUCAUCGGUAUCACAUCCUACACCACGCCGUGCCACAUCGCGCGCGCGACCAUCGAGGCGAACGCCUUCCAGACGCGCGCCGUCAUCGAGUCGAUGAAGCUCGACUCCAAGACGGACCUGAAGCACCUCAAGGUCGACGGCGGGAUGACCAACGGCGACGUGUGCAUGGAGAUCCUCGCGGACGUCGGCGGCUUCCGCGUCAUUCGCCCUGAGAUGCGCGAGAGCACCGCGCUCGGCUCGGCGCUGCUCGCGGGCAGCGCGAUCCGCUUCUGCGGGUGGGACAUCACGAAGCCCGAGACGCUCGCGGAGGUCAACACGCGCGGCAACACCGAGUUUGAGCCGAAGCUUGCGGAGGCGGAGAGGGAAAAGAGCUGGGCGGGGUGGCAGAAGGCUGUGGAGAGGGCGAAGGGAUGGGAGGAGGGUGUUGACGAUCGGGCGUGA